CGGAGGUUUUGCACAGAAUUCAGAGAGGACAAAUGGACUGAUUGCAAACCAGCACAGAAAUCUUUGGACACGUGCAGACUGACACCAUGGAUGAAGCCAUAUGGUGGUUUCCUCAUGCUUCCCAGGGAGCUCUGCAGUAGGAUGCAUGUCUGUGUCUCCAUCUGGACGCUCCCACAGAUGACUUCCCACCUCUGCUUACUCAUCCUGUCCAGCUUGGCAGUGUCAUCCCAACUGGGUUUGGAGGAUGUUUUCUUCAGCCCACAGGACCAGACAGUCAGAGAAGGAGAGGGGGUUUUCUUCCAGUGCGUAUCAGGGGAAAGUUCACCUCCUGCAAGCAUCACCUGGCUGAAAGAUGGGACACUGGUCACAAGAGGUAGACAGAUUCAGGGUGAGUAUGGAGGUGGUAACCAGAAGAAGACUUCAGGCACUCUGCAUCUUUUCAACAUAACAUUAGAGGAUGAUGGGACGUAUGUUUGUGUCGCACACAAUCCUUUACUGAACAUCAGCAAGAGGAGCAAACCAGCUAAACUAACUGUGCAGGGGGUCCCUAAAAGGCUGCAGAUCAUCCAGGGCCCUGACAACAUCACAGUUGCUAUAGGAACAGAGGUCUCCAUGCACUGUGUUGUCCGCGGCUUCCCUGUUCCCAUGGUGCAAUGGUUCAAAGACGGCUGCAUCCUGACAAACUGCUCUGCUUCGUUCAGCCUUCAGAACAAUGGACAGCUGCUCACAUUCAGGAAUGUGACCAAAGACGAUGAGGGCUUGUAUUACUGUGAAGCAUCAAACCAGAAAGAGUCAAUCAAAUCACAGCAGGCCUUCCUUCUUCCAGCCCAGAUGGACUGGAGUUUCGUCCAGCAGCCCACAAACCUGACGGUGAGGAGAGAAGAAAAUGUUACACUUGCGUGCAGGCCUCCAUACAGCAGACCAGCAGCCCAGGUGUCCUGGUUCAAAAACAACAAACUCCUCACUCCCACAGCUCAUGUAACUGUGCUGCCCAGUGGAGACCUCUUCCUCCACAGUGUCCAGGAGUACGACAGUGGAAGCUACUUCUGCAGAGCCUCCAACAUCCACCUUCAAAGAUUUCUUACCUCUAGAAGAGCAACUUUAACUGUGCUGGCCCCACCGUCAGUGAAACUGUGGCCCCAGAUGCUGACGGUGUCUGUGGGAGCUCGAGUGGUGCUGGAGUGUCAGGUUUCUGGUUACCCUUUACCCUCCAUCAGCUGGGUGAAAAGAGGCCACUCCAAGCAGACUGGAGGCAAGAUUGCUCUGGGAUUGAGAAAUGCCACUCUCUACAUCCAGUCUGUCAGAAGCUACGAUGAGGGAGUGUAUGUGUGCGAGGCCUCCAACAUACUGGGUCGAAGCCAUAACACAGCAAUGCUCAGAGUUGCUGUGAGUCCUAUCAUAGUGACCUUUGUCACUCAGGUAAGUUGCAGGAUUGGGGCUUCAGCAGUCCUGCCCUGUAAAGCUGUAGGGAUUCUGCCCAUCAGAUACACCUGGACCAGGGGCAGAGCAGAGGCACAGUCCCCCAUCAGCUCCUCUGAAGACAGACACAUCAAUGAAGAUGGAGCUCUGCAUAUUUCCAGUGUGCAGCAUUAUGAUGCAGGGGAAUAUUACUGUACUGCUGAGAACCGAGCAGGACGACAUCAGAGACGUACGAUCCUUAUUGUCACAGCUGAACAUCGUCUAGCUGAUAGAGGCAAGCAGACAAGACUGGUUUUGUCUGCUCACACCAACACUAGCACAGAACUGCAAGCUUCCCAAUCCAGUAACUCAAUGCCUGAGCAACACCUUAAAACAACACACCAUCCACAUGUACAGGAACAGCACAACAAGGCCACAUGCUCCUUAUCACAUUGUGAUGCUACAACAUACAAAGCUACCACAUUUUCUACAUUUUCAAGUGGAGCAGUGGCUGAGUUAAAGACAGCACCAUGGUCACUUGGCCGUCUUUUACAGCAUCACCGGAAUCAGCCAACAACCAAUCCAACACAGCCGUUAGUUACUCAGAUGCAGCCUCCCAUGUUACCACCUCCUCCACAUCCAAACUUUAAGUCACUAGAUCUCCACACCCAAUUGCCAGUGACUAGGCAUCCUCUUUUAAUUUCAAAUAGUGAAACACAAACAACAUAUAGCCACACAUCAGUAGUCACCAGUGAAGUGCUGGGUACAACCAUUCAAUAUCUAGUCACUGAAAGUCAGUCCCAUUGGGCAUCAACAAAACGUACACAAUUUCAGCAUCCAGUCAGUGAUGAAUUAGUGAUAGAGCCUGAUUCUCAGGGCUCUAACAUCAGUGCUGUAACUCCAGCCAGUAAAAUCACAGAGUCCUACACUGAGACGUCUGUGGCUCAACUAUCGUCAAAGCUUCUAGUGGAUAAACCUUUUGGGGUUCUAAGGCAGGAUUCAUAUUCACCACAGAGUCCUGUAAACCAAACUAAGAUGAGCCACUCUGGUUCAGUCACUGAGUCUUCUGCUUCAGAAGUUGAAUUGCCCCAAACUAAUUCUCACCAGCUGGUUACAAAAAGUCCAUUUUACCAAAUCCAGCAUGAGCCAACCUUAACCCUGAUUUCUCAAACCAAACUCAAGCACCCAGGUCAAUCUUUACAUCGGAAAACACAUUGGCAGCCUUCACUAACCAUUUCACAAAUAUCUGACUCCGAUCCUCAACAAUCAUUUACUCAAAAUCUUUUUCCUAAAUUUCUUCUGGAGCUGUCAACAAUCCAGCAUAAUCUGCCUUCUACACAACCUCCACCUCCUUCAGUCACAAGGUUUCAACAAUACCAAAUUCACAGUCAACCUUCAUCCGCACUGCCUAACCCACCUUCAACCAUAUCUACACUUCCUCAAACCCAACCUCAAUCAUCUCCAACACAACACCCGCUGCUCCACUCGCAAUCUUCUCCACCACAGACAGAAACUUUUCCACUUCAACACAGAAACCCUCUUAAAAUCCAUCUUUCAAUCACAACCAUCCAUUCUCCUGAUAAGACCCCUGGUCCAUCACCAUUUGACCCUGAAAUUCCUGUUGUCCAUCAAGUGCAUCUAAAUACUAGCCAGCAGGAUGUCCCAGUUCAGCCAGCUAAAUCAGCCAAUGACACAGAGCUUACAGAGUGGCUGAAAAGAAACACAUCCCAAUCACCUAUGACCAGCAAUGAUCCAAGAGUAACGCAACAGUCUCCAUCAUGGCUGCCUGUGCUGGAGAAACAUGACAUCCCCAUCGUGGUGGGAGUGGGUGUAUCUUUGGCCUUCAUCUUCAUCAGUGUUACUUUCUAUUCAGUGGUCCAGAAAAAUGAACCUGCACCAACAAGCCGCGCAGCUCAGAGGAAUCUAGGUGUCCCCAUGCGACAUGUUGAUCGUCGAGCAGCAGGACGAACAUAUGAAAACAGAGCUUUUGAAGAUGAUGACUGUGUGGCUGUGAUUGAGCAGAGCCCCAACACAUCUGACACCCGAGCCCGACCUCCGGGACCGAGCCUGGUCACGGUGCAGAUGGAGCACACAUCUGAGGAUCUUCAAGAGGACACCCAACCUGCUCUGGACAACCACUCAGUCACUGUAGAGACGUAUCCUGAGCCCAUUCUUGACACAAAGAUUGAUCCCUCUCUGGAGGAGGAGAAGGGCUGCAGUUUGUCCCAGCCCAGCAUCCAGCUGCAAUGUGGUGAGGACUGGACCAGUAACAGAGGAGACAACCGUAGCCCAUGCCAGGAUGCCUUGCCUCCUCCAUCAUCCUUGCCCUCUCGUUCACCAUCACCCUCUCCACCAUCCAGACUUAAGGAAGGUCUGCGCUCCUCAUUAACCUUGCAAAGCGCUGAGGCAUGUGCAGCACCCAUCCACCACAGCCUCAGCAUCUCACACAGCAACUCUCCCCUGCUUCUUUCUCACCAUGUCUCUUUGGGCCUGACUACAGUUGCAGUGGAUGUCCAUUUUUACCCACCAGCCACUGCUUCAAUGGCAGUGGGCACAAGCACUCAUAUCAAUUCAGUCUCUAAUUCCACUUCAGUGACUGCGCCUCUGUUUAGUCCCCCUUUAGUUAACAGUCAGGAGAAUGACCAAUCGGCUGCCAGAUUUAAUCAGAGCAAGUAGCUCGAGAUUAAGGCAUCAAGUUUUAUAAGCAACGCUUUCCAACUGUACAGCCAUGAUGACAAACUGUGCCUCAUAAAUUGGUGUACUGUGAGAGGGUCAAUCUGAAAUCUCACAGUAAAAUAACAACUUUUCAUAUUUAUAUUUAAACAGAUUAAACAAAUAAGAUACAAUAUAUCAAUUACUGAGUUUUAGUAUAUUUAUAAGUAUAUAUUUUUGAGAUUUCGAUACAGCCAGGCUAGCUGUUUUCACCUGCUUUCAGUCUUUAUGCUGAGCUAUAAUUGCCUCCUGGAUUAAACGCACAGACCUGAGAGUGGUCUUUUUAUUUAACUCUCAGCAAGAAGGUAACCAUGAGCGCAAAUGUUUUGGGACAUAUGGCGUGUUCCUUUAAAACAAUUAAUCUCAAACUAUGGGGCUAACUAUCUGUAUUAGAAACUGCAUUCUUGUAAAUGUGUAUUGCAUAGAUUUAGCACAGCACUUGGUGGUUACAUUAAAUACUGUCAUGUUACAGUCUGACUGUAGUACAGGCUACUUCUUUAUACAACGUCUAGUCUUGCUUUCUACUUUCAUUAUUUUCCUGCUGAAACAUAAAAGAGAAAUUAAAUGUAUAGUAAUUAAUUUAAUGAUAUUAUUACCUAUACUGGAAUCACAUGCUUAACUCUGAUUCAUACUGUGUUAUUGGAUAUGGGCUAGUUCAAGUACAGUUUAACUUAAACGUGUUGUACAUUGACUUCUUUAGUGAAGCAGCCAAGGAUAUUUUACUUUGUCACCAAAUAAUGCAUUUUUUGUGAAUGUACACAAAGUGUUUAAGUCACCUGCUCAUUCUCUUAUAUCAACCUACUUGACUGUUAACACCUUUUAUGAAACCAAAGGAGGGUAAG